GCCUGAGGGUCCGGCCAUGCCUUGAAGCGGCUCCGCCGACCCGUCCCGGGGCUCUUCCUCCUCAUCCUCCUCCUCCUCCUGCAGGGGGAGGGGCCCAUGGGCCGGGCAGGGGGGUGAGGGGGACGGAGAAGCUGAACUGGGCUGAACUGGGCCAAACUGGGCUGAACUGGGCUGGACUGGGACGGAGAAAUCGGAACAGCGGCGGAAAGAGACGAACUUGGCGGAAAGAGCGGAAAAGGGCGCGGAGGGAUCGAAGUAAGGACGGAGUGGGGCGGAAAGAAGCGAAACGGGGCGGAAAGAGGCGAAACGGGGCGGAAAAAACCGAAUUAGGACGGAAAAAACCGAAUUAGGACGGAAAAAACCGAAUUAGGACGGAAAAAACCGAACCAAGGCGGAAGUAAACGAAGAGGAGCGGAAGUAAGUGAAGCUGACCGGAAGUAAGGGAAGAAGGGCGGAAGUAAGGGAAGAGGGUCGGAAAGAGCCGAAGAGGAGCGGAAAGAGCCGAAGAGGGAGCGGAAAUUGCCGAAGGUUUCCGGAAAUUGCCGAAGUGCCGCCAUGUUGCUGCCGCUGCUCCUCGGGUUCCUUCAGGUUUGGGGGGCUCUGGGGGGCUGCGUGGAGGUGGCCUCGGGCACCGAGGCCGUGCUGGGGUUGCCGUUCCGGCUCCUGUGCAUCGCCUGCAAGCGCCGCAGCGAAACCCCGGCCGAGGCCGAGAGCGAGUGGUUCUUCCGGCCUGAGGGGGCGCCCCAGUUCGAGAAGAUCCUCCACUACAGCCCCGAGGAGGGCGAGUGGGUGGCCCCGGGGCCGUUUUUUGGGGUGAUGUCCUGGAACGGCUCGAGGGGGACGCGGGACCUGCAGGACCUGUCGGUGUGGCUGGCGGCGGUGCAGCACAACCACGCCGGGCACUACGUGUGUCGGCUGAAACGGAACCUGACCUUCGAGGGUUACACCUACAGCCUGGCCAGGAACCAGACCCUGCGGCUGGCCGUGGUGGAGAAAGCGCGUCGGGACCUGGCGUCCAUCGUCUCCGAGAUCCUGAUGUACGUGCUGAUCGUGGUGCUGACGCUCUGGCUCGCCGCCGAGAUGCUCUACUGCUACCGAAAAGUGGCGGCCGCGGCCCCGCCCCCCGACAGCGCCUCGGAGUACCUGGCGAUCACCUCGGAGAGCAAAGAGAACGGCGGGCAGGUGGCGGAGUGACCUUUGACCCCUGAGUGACCCCUGAGUGACCCCUGAGUGACCCCUGAGUGACCCCUGAGUGACCAGUGAGUGACCCCUGAGU